UCGAAAGCUACAGAUGUUUUCGUGAGAAAACCAAUUUUCGGGAUGUCUCAUGAUUUGACAAACACCGCUCUAGCUCUGCCACCUUUCACAGCAGAUGUGGAAGUACGACAUCGGCGAUUUGAGACGCAUCCAAUGCAUAAAAACAUUUGAUAGGGAUUUUUCAAAUGAUGUUACUUAGGGUGAUGCAACGGUGUGUCUAGGGGGUUUGGGUGCGUACAUUGACCUCGUAAAUUGGAUGCACUGAUAAACGUACAGGAAAACGCGCUUGACGUUUGACCGUUUCUCUUGUGUGUGAGAAAAGGGGGAGGUGAUGAACCGUUCGAGAAGACACAUCCAGCGCUGAGCGCAAGCGAGAUAGGGCUCUACUUCGCUCAUCUCACACACGACCAGCUCACGCCAUUCAUUCUGCCCUCGCUUGCUCUGGCACACGCUGCAUUCCUCCCGUAGAUUUUGGAUAGCAAGCGGCGAUGUUUCUCUGCAGAGCGGCCUGGCAAAGAUGUGGGCCUUUGGCAAGGAAGUCAGCCCACCAGUUAUCUAGAGAUGUGUUGCCAAGGCGACAGAUGUCGUCGGUCCCUGGUGGUACUGGUGAUAACAUCGUCUACGCGCUGCUGUGUGGCGGGGCCUUUGCUGGAGCCAUCGCCUAUACAUACAGCACUGUGACCACAGAUCACGCCAGAUUCAACGACCGUGUAGCAGAUAUCAAUGCUCGUCCCAAGACCGAGUGGGCGCCCAAACCAUGGCCCCCCAAGACGGAGGGAGGAGAGGAGGAGGUGGCAGCAGAGGAAGCUGCACUUGAAGAGGCUGUAGCGGCGGAAAACGGAGCAGAACCCGCGGAAGAGGCCUCAGUCGAGGCAGAAGCAGCGGCCGAGGCAGUCUCUGAAGAACCUGCUGUGGAGGCAGCAGCAGUAAAGGUAGAGGCGGCACCAGCGGUAGCAGAAGCGGAGACUGUGGUGGAGGAGAUUGCAGAGGCUGUUGCGGAGGCUGCUGAAGUCAUCGCUGAGGUCGCAGAAGAGGUCAUUGAGGUGGCAAAUGAAGUGGAGGCGGCAGCGGAGGAAGUGGUCAAAGUGGCCGUGGAAGAGGCUGCUGAGGCUGUUGCCGCACAUGCCGCCGCCGAGGAGGCAGUUGCCGUGGCCGAGCCAGAGGCGGAGAUCAACGUGGCACCAGUCAUUCUGGCAGCAGCCUCUGCUUUGGAGGUGACGACAGUCGCUGAAGUGGUUGUGCCUGUUGUAGAAGAAGUUGAGGAGGCGGCCCCAGUAGAGGCCCCUGCUGCAGUGGAGGAGUCCCAAGCUGCAGUGGAGGAGGCCCCACUUGAGCCUGCACCCGUAGAAGAGGCCCCAGCUGCAGUGGAGGAGGCUGCAGUGGAGGAGGCCCCAGCUACAAUGGAGGAGGCCCCAGCUUCCCCAGCUACAGUGGAGGAGGCCCCAGCUACAGUGGAAGAGGCCCCAGCUGCCCCACUUGAGGCUGCACCCGUAGAAGAGGACCCAGCUGCAGUGGAGGAGGCCCCGGCUGCAGUGGAGGAGGCCCCGGCUGCAGUGGAGGAGGCCCCGGCUGCAGUGGAGGAGGCCCCGGCUGCAGUGGAGGAGGCCCUGGCUGCAGUGGAGGAGGACCCGGCUGCAGUGGAGGAGGCCCCGGCUGCCCCACUUGAGGCUGCACCCGUAGAAGAGGACCCAGCUGCAGUGGAGGAGGCCCCAGCUGCAGUGGAGGAGGCCCCAGCUGCCCCACUUGAGCCUGCACCAAUCGAAGAGGCCCCAGCUGCAGUGGGAGAGGCCCCAGCUGCAGUGGGAGAGGCCCCAGCUGCAGUGGGAGAGGCCCCAGCUGCAGUGGAAGAGGCCCCAGCUGCAGUGGAAGAGGCCCCAGCUGCAGUGGAAGAGGCUGCAGUGGAAGAGGCCCCAGCUGCAGUGGAAGAGGCCCCAGCUGCAGUGGAAGAGGCCCCAGCUGCAGUGGAAGAGGCCCCAGCUGCAGUGGAAGAGGCCCCAGUUGAGGUGGCGGCACCUGUGGAUGCGCCCAAAAAGGAGUACAUUGUAGUGGUGUUGGAGGGAGCAGCCAAGUCCGAUAAGAGGCCCAAAGUCCUGGGGGUCGGCCCCAUGACCGGCAGGAUCAUCCCAGCUCCAGAUGAUGACGAGGCCCCUGCUGCUGAGGGCAAGCGACGGCUGCUUAGGAUGCAGAUGCAGUAGAACCAACUGACAGUAGCACUUGGAGCCCCUGGAUGAUAUAGUUUCUCUACUCUGAGGGAGAAGAGGGGAUGUGCCUUCCCCAACCCCCCUCUCAUUGACCCCUCCACACACUUUGACCCCUGACCCUUGAUAUUUAUCUGUAGUAUAAAACUUGUCUCCCCGUCUUGGUCCAGGGAAUUAUCUGUGUAUAUAUUCAGAUAAUGCUUGCUUUAUGGAGAAAAAAAAAAGAUUAUCUGGUAUAUUUUUCUAGAUGUACAACACCCCAAAAAAUCCCCCCCCAAAAAAAGAAAGGUCCCUCUCGUCACACUGAGCGAGCAAAAUUAUAAUAAUCUGGGAAUAUUUGGCCAUGGAAACAUUCCUGGUUGACAUCAGGAGAAUGUAACUGUUUGCCAAAGUUACACAAGUUUGCCAAAAUACCUUAGACUAACUAUGGGACUGAAAUAGUUAUAUAUUAACUUACUUUUGUAGCUCUCCAUUAGAAGCUCGCUGGAACUGAGCCUGGCAGAAUUUGACCCAAUGUGAUUGGUUGACGGUAUGAUACAUUGGCUAGCUAGCCUAUACCCUACGUUUCAUCGGGUUGGAAUGCAAUCAGUGUAAAUUCUAAUCAAAUUAAUGCGAAGUCUGAAUUGAAACACGCAGGGGUGGAAAAACUACUACAUUUUCAUACUUCAGUAAAAGUAAAGAUGCCUUAAUAGAAAAUGACUCAAGUAAAAGUGAAAGUCACCCAGUAAAAUACAACUUGAGUACAAUUCUAAAAUUAAAGGUUUUAAAUAUAUUUAAGUAUCAAAUGUAAUUGUUAAAUAGACUUACGUAUCAAAAGUUAAA